AUGUCCACGCGAUAUGAAGGAGAUUGGUCAAAUAGAACCAUUUAUAGUGGUAAGCUGCAGGAACAAGGGUGCCACUGGAGAAGUAGGUGCACGCGUAGAGAUCGAAAGAAGUUUACGCUUUGGGAGCAGACGAAGGAUAUGGUUUGUUUACCUUUGCAUGGGCUCUUAGUUGUCCGAUUAGUGGACCGACCAAUACGUGGUAGAGCUAUGGCUAUCUUACAAGAUGUCUUUGAAGGGGUAUGUCUAUGUGUUUCUACUCUUUGGGAUCUGCAAGAAAUGCGCUUUGCAAAUGUGUUUGAUGGUGUAAGUUCCAUUGCCACGACAAUGAUCAUGGCUGCUUUAUCGUGUUUUAUCGCUAUAAGGAGACGAUGA